UCCAAAACGUAACUGAUCUUCUCUUCUGUGCGACUAUAAAAGCAACGGCAGGGUUGAAACAAAGGGAAGGAAGGGAAGCUGCGUACCUAGGUAGCCGACUUCUGGUGAGAGGAGGAGAGAAUGCUUCUUCUAAAGUUAACCGUCAGGCGCUGGGACAAAAUGAUGCCUGCCAUUUUGUUCACCUCUCUUCUGCUUCCUCUCACUCAUGCUGUGACUUCAGAACCGCGAUAUAUCCUGUGGGUUUCUUCCGUGGUACAGCGCUUUUCCCUAGAAAAAGCCUGUCUUCAUUUUUUAAACCUCAACGAAUCUGUGUCCUUGAGAGUCAUCCUGGAAUAUGAUGGAUCCAAUACUACUAUCUUUGACCAGUCUGUGGAGGCGGGGAACUUCUACGCUUGCGCCAGUUUCCAAGUGUCUCAGACAUCCUCGGAGCAGUUGGCCUUUGUGACCUUGCUUGCUCAGGGAAACACUCUGAAAAUCUCUGAAAGGAGAGUGGUAGCCAUCGCUGCUGAGGAAAACGCAACUUUUGUGCAGACAGAUACGCCCGUCUACAAACCUGGAGACACGGUUCACUUUCGCAUUGUGACACUGAACGCCUGGCUCAAGCCUGUUGAUGACUUGUACCCUUCAAUCACCGUUCAGGAUCCUGAAAGCAAUGUGAUUUUCCAGUGGAAAAACGUAACCACUUUCAGAAACAUCACCCAGCUGGCAUUCCAUCUGACUCCAGAACCCAUGUUUGGGGAUUACACAAUUGCUGUAAGAAAGCUAUCAGGAAUGACAGUGGUGCACCAGUUCACCGUUAAUCGAUAUGUACUGCCCAAAUUUGAAGUUGAGGUCAGGGCACCGGAGACAAUAACGAUUGCAGACCAUCAAUUUCAAGUGGUUGCGUGUGCAAAGUACACCUACGGCCAGUCUGUGCCGGGGAAAGCCCAGAUCCGGGUGUGCAGAGACUUUUCCUCCUCUGGGUAUUGUGAGAGCGAUAAUAAUGAAAUCUGCGAGCAGCUCACCGCGCAGCUGAAAGAUGGCUGUGUUUCUCAAACUGUCAACACAAAAGUCUUCCAACUAUAUCGCUCUGGACUUUUCAUGACAUUUAAUGUGAAUGUGCUGGUUACAGAAUUUGGAACAGGUGUGCAGAUCAGUAAAACACACCCUGUUUUUAUCACUUCGGUGCUUGGCAGCGUGAGCUUUGAGAACAUGGACUCUUUCUACAGGAGAGGGAUCGCUUACUCUGGAACUCUUAGAUUUUCUGGUCCUGAUAACACACCGAUGGUGAGCAAACUUUUACAACUGGAGCUCAAUGGCAAAUUUCUAGGAAAUUAUACCACAGAUGGGAACGGGGAAGCUCAGUUUUCCAUCAACACUUCAGAGAUCUUCGAUGCACAGAUCAGCCUGAAAGCCGUAUAUGUCCGACCCGGAGCCUGCCAUCGUCCCAGCUGGUUGAACCCUGAGUAUUUGGAUGCCUACUUCACAGUCUCUCGCUUUUACUCCCAAACCAACAGCUUCCUGAAGAUCGUUCCUGAACCAGAGCAGCUUCCCUGUAAUCAAGAGAAGAUUAUUUCAGUUCUUUACUCCCUAAACCCUGAGGCCUACAAGGAGGACUCAGACGUGAACUUCUUCUAUUUGGUAAUGGCAAGAGGAAGCAUCUUCCUCAGCGGACAGAAGGAAGUCAGAAGCCAAGCCUGGAACGGAAACUUCUCGCUCCCCAUCCGCAUCGGUGCUGACCUGGCACCAGCAGCCGACCUCUUUGUCUACACCCUCCACCCCAGUGGGGAAAUCAUUGCGGAUAGCGUCAGACUCCAGAUUGCCAAGUGCUUUAAAAACCAGGUCAGUAUGAAGUUCUCAAAGGAGCAGGACCUACCUGGCUCCACCACCCGUCUAUUUCUUCAGGCAGCCCCAGACUCCUUCUGUGCCCUGCGAGCCGUGGACAAAAGUGUCCUUCUGCUGAAACCCGAACAAGAACUGUCUCCUGAAAGUGUAUACAACCUGCUCCCGAAUAUCCAACAAUAUGGUUAUUUCUUCCAUGGUCUCAACCUGGAUGAUGCUACAGUAGACCCAUGCAUCCCUCAGACAGAUUUAUUCCACAAUGGACUGUAUUAUAAACCUGCAAGCAACACUUGGGAUGGAGACAUUGCCAGUCUUCUCAGGGACAUGGGUCUGAAAAUCUUUACCAACUUCCGUUACCGGAAACCAGAGGUGUGUUCAUCCCAGGAAAGCCAGGACUUGCUGAGGUCGUUUGAUAGCCCAGAAGGACAGAUGAAGAUGUUCGAUGCUCCAGCUGCUUCUGCCUUUCAUGACAUCGCAGAUGGCAUCAACCAGGCAGAACAGGCCAUCAAAGAGACAGUCAGGACGCACUUCCCCAAGACCUGGAUAUGGGACCUCAUCAAUGUGGAUUCCUCAGGUUCAGCAAAUGUCUCAUUCCUGGUCCCUGACACUAUAACCCAAUGGGAGGCCAGCGCCUUCUGUGUGAAUGGUGAAGCUGGGUUUGGCAUCUCACCCAAAGCAUAUCUACAGAUCUCCCAGCCCUUCUUUGUUGAAAUUGCCUCACCCUUUUCUAUAGUUCGAAAUGAGCAGAGUGACGUGGUUGUCAGUGUCUUCAGCUACCUGAGCACGUGUGUAGAGAUUUCUGUUCAGUUAGAAGCAUCUGAGAAUUAUGAAGCAAAUAGCAACACCCCGAGUAACAACAGCAGUGAUGUUCUCCAGGCUGGAGAACGAAAAACGUACGUCUGGACCAUUGUACCAAAGACACUGGGUAAAGUGAAUAUUACUGUAGUGGCUACAUCCAAACCAAGUGGUGCCUGCCCAGCUGAUGCCAGUGAGCAGCAAGAUGUCAACUGGAAAGACACGGUGGUCAAAGGCUUACUGGUAGAGCCUGAAGGUAUUGAAAAAGAAACAAGCCAGAGUUUCCUUAUCUGCACAGAAGGUACUAAAGUCUCAAAGCAAAUGCUUCUGGAAUUGCCAAGAGAUGUAGUGGAAGGGUCAGCCAGAUCCUUUGUCACCGUCGUGGGAGACAUUCUAGGAGUCACGAUGCAGAAUCUAGAUAGCCUUCUCCUCACGCCCUAUGGGUGUGGUGAGCAGAACAUUGCCCAGCUAGUGUCUGACACUUACAUACUCGACUACCUGAGAGCGACCCAGCAGCUGACGGAAGAAGUCAAAUCCAGAGCUCUACUUCUCUUAACUAACGGUUACCAGAAGCACUUGUUUUUCAAAAACUCCGAUGGUUCAUAUGACAUGUUCUGCCAGAGCAAUCAGAAAGGAAGCAUAUGGCUCAGUGCCCUUACUUUCAAGACAUUUGAGAAAAUGAAGGAAUAUAUUUUCAUUGAAGAGUCAGUUCCCAAACAGACCUUAAUCUGGCUUUCAAGAAAACAGAGACCGAACGGGUGCUUUGGGAGGGAUGACAAGCUUGUCAACAGUGCUUGGGAGGGCAGCAAUGAAGAGGAUGCUGCGCUCACUGCACAGGUCAUUGAGGCAUUCCUUGAAGUUGGAUUCGACUCCAGUUUUCCUGCCCUCCGCAAUGGUCUCUAUUGCCUGGAGGAGGCAUACGCAAAGGGCGUCACCGAUGGCCACACUCAAGCUAUCCUGGCUUACGUGUUUGCCCUGGCUGGAAAAGAACAGCAAGUGAAAUCCUUACUCUCGAUCCUGGAUCAAUCGGCUACAAAAAUAAAUAAUGUGAUAUAUUGGGAAAAAGAAGAGAAACGCCAAGCAGGCUCUCCAGCCUUCACUCCUCCGGCACUUUCUGGCGAGACUGAGAUGACAUGCUAUGUGCUGUUGGCUGUCAUUUCUCAGGUCACUCGGGACCUUGAUUAUGCCAGUAAGAUUGUGCAGUGGCUUGCCCAGCGGAUGAAUUCCCAUGGAGGCUUCUCUGCCACGCAGGACACCACAGUGUGCCUUCUCGCCCUAACCCAAUACAUGAAGUUAACUGGCUCUAACUCUCAAAACACUGUCACCUUGAGCACUGAAGACUCUGAGGAGGUUUUCCCUGUUGACAACAAUAACCGCCUUCUAGUUCAGCGCUCGAAAUUAUCCGCAAGGCAUGGGCAAUACACGGUUGAUGUAGAAGGAGAAGGCUGUGCGUUCAUCCAGGCUACCCUUAGGUACAAUGUGCCACUUCCUAAGAAGGCAUCAGGAUUUUCUCUCUCCGUGGAAAUGGAGGAAAGCAACUCUUCGGAUGUAUUCCAGACAAAGUUUAACCUCACAGUGACCCUCGUGUAUACGGGGGCUCACGAAAGCUCCGGUAUGGUCCUUGUGGAUGUGAAGAUGCUCUCUGGGUUUACCCCUGUCCUCUCAUCCAUCGAGGAGCUUAAACACAAUGGCCAAGUAAUGAAGACAGACGUAAAGAAUGGCCACGUUCUUUUCUACUUGAAAAAUGUUUCCAUGGCGCCAACCAGCUUCACCUUCUCUGUUGAGCAAACCAACAUUGUGUCCAACAUCCAGCCCGCCCCCGUCACGGUCUACAGUUACGAGAAAGAUGAAUACGCCCUUGAUUCUUACAGCAUCAAUAGCAUUUCGAAUUCCCAAUAAGACAGCAGAGCAUAAAGAAAAGGAGCCAUGACCAACCAACCGCCUGACACCCUGAAGAGUCUUCAAUCACUGUGUCCUCUUGACAGCUUCACUUCCUUUCUUCCCAUUAAAUGACAUCAUUUCAAGUCUGAGGCCAUUGUUUUCUAUUUAUUCUUCCAAUUUUCAUUGUAGAAAUCUCAGAGCUUUGUUUAAGUGCAACUAAAUAAUUUGCUUCAUUUUUUUUUUCAACUUUAAACUCAAAUUUGGGCACCUAAACCGUAACUAGAAUCCUCCAGAACCAAAGAGGGAGAGAAAUAGGUGGAAGUGGAGGCAGGGAGAGUUAGGUUAAAGUUAACAAGGGCUCCGUCAACUCGACACAGAAACACACUCAAUGGAACAUUCUUGGGAAUGAUCAAAAAUCGGGGGAGGCAGGAAGCAGAAAAGAGCCCUGAAUUAAGUGAUAGAUUCACUGAGUACAAGAUUGAGAGGCUAAGUGAAGGGCAUUUUGUCGUUUUAAACCUUUAAACUAACAAGUGUUAGGCCCUAAGCCUAACACUUGUACCAGGAAAGCAAUGCUAUACUCUUUGGUGUGACUUAGUGUUCCUGCUGUGAUAAUGAAUUUGAAUUGAGGACAAAGGGUGAGAAGAAGCUGGAGAAAAUGAUAGAAACAGGAAGUUUCUGCAUCAACUUUCACAUGGGCUUCUGGGUUUGCUAAGAAUCUUUACAGUCAAGAAAAACUACCCAGUUCUCUACUUGUGCAGUUAAAGAAUUUGGAACCAAGAUCUUCUAGACCAGUGGUUCUCAACCUUCCUAAUACUGCAGCCCUUUAAUACAUACAGUUCCUCA